UAACCAAGAAGAUCACUUUGAGAAACAUAAACAACCAGUCUAUUUGUAGUUGUAGUUGUAGUUAUAGUUGUCUCUCCCAAACAGUACCAAAGAAGACGGACAAAGGGUACAUCAAAAUAUGGGCAAAGAAUACCAUCGCCUCCACCACCACAACCACCACCAAUACCAAAGCCUGCAUCUCCAUUCAAGAACUACAUUCAUGCCCAUGUUAUGUACAAGAACGACCAUCAAAGAUGUGGCACUUCCGAAAUGGAAAGACCACUCGGUAUCUGUCUCCGACGACACUUUGUCCCCGAAAAUCGGUUGCAUGGGCCAGGUCAGGAGAAACAUGAACAGAGCGAUUGGCUUCCCCACCUCUCACAAAAUCACCCUCACCACAAACCACAAUGCUAAAAGCAACAACAACAACGAUUUAUCUGUCAAGUACUCCAACGUCAAGAAACUCUUCUCCAGCAAAAACCUCGACAUGAUGACUGCCACCACAACUGUCACCGCCGAGGCCGCCACUACUGCUAGCUGUGGAAGAAGGAGACAAGUGACCAUGAAUUGUGCAAGAGGGCUCAAGACUAAUCGUGGUGGAGAGAAAUGUGUUCCUAUCAGCAUCGAAGAUUUGGAUCCUCCAUUGCCGGUUAUCAAGAAGGAGCAAAAGCCUGUAGGAGGGGAAGUGGAAAAUCUUUGGAAGAGGAGAUCUGGUGGGGUAGCACUGAAAACUUUACAGCUUCAAAAGAUACAUCAUCCUAAGCAUUAUCUUCAACCUACCACUGUUUGUUAAGAAUACUUCAAUGGGAGAUGAGAAAGAUGAGGCAUAAGAAAACAUUCAUGUAAAUGUUUUUGGUUUUAAUUUCCAAAUCUGAAUAUUUUUUUUUAUUCUUUGUUCACAGUUCGGUGCUGCUGAUCAUG